UUGCCAAAUGAUAUUCCGUGACCGGCCCUCCCACUGCGUACGGAUGCGCGUUUUUUGGGUGCAGCACUUCUACAAACCAGCGCCAGCGGAUCAAGCCAUCUUCGGAAACCUUUGUCCCCUCUCCAAUCCCUUCAUCCCCACCGUUCACCAUCUCUGUCAAUCUUGAAGCAUCACGUGCAGGUCGCAUUCCGUUGCUUCCCUUCCACUGUUUUCCAUUCCCCCUUCCCUCCCAGAUCCCCAAACUACUCUCCAAUGGGCUCCGCAGAUCAUCUUCCCAACUCUACUCUCCCUCCAUUCAAGAUCUUCAUCGGCUACGACUCCCGCGAGGACGCCGCUUUCGAGGUAUGCCGACAUUCUCUCCUCAAACACUCCUCCAUCCCCCUCGACAUCUCACCCAUCAACCAAUCCGAUCUCCGAGCCGCUGGUCUCUACUGGCGCGAUCGCGACCCAACGGAAAGCACAGAGUUCUCUUUCACCCGAUUCCUCACCCCUUACCUCGCCGGAUUCCACGGCUGGGCUAUGUUCGUCGACUGCGAUUUCCUCUACACCGCCGACAUCGCCGGCCUCGUCGCCCUUCUCGACGAUCGCUACGCCGUCAUGUGCGUCCAUCACGAGUACGCUCCUAAGGAGACCACUAAGAUGGAUGGUGUAGUACAGACUAUUUACCCGCGGAAGAACUGGUCUUCAAUGGUAUUGUAUAAUUGUAAACAUCCUAAGAAUCGAAUUCUUACGCCGGAACUUGUUAGCAACCAGACCGGAGCGUUUCUGCACCGAUUCUUGUGGCUGGAGGACGAUGAGAUCGGAUCCGUGCCUUUUGUGUGGAAUUUCCUCGUCGGGCAUAACCAGGUGGAUGAGAAUGAUCCGAAUACGUUUCCGAAGGCGAUUCAUUACACAUCUGGGGGGCCUUGGUUUGAGCAGCACAGAAAUUGCGAGUUUGCUGAUUUGUGGUUGGAAGGGUUACAGGAAUUGAAGACAGAGAAGAAGUUUGCUGAAUCUUGAUUAGUGUUGCGAAUUCCUGUUCCUCUGUUCCUAUGUUAUUGUUUCUCCGUGAUUUUGUUUUGUCGCAUUGUUUGUUUUUUCUUCCUAUUGCUUCUCCAUUUCAAAUUAUGCUUACUGUUAAUUCUGGUUUUGAAACACGGGGUAGGCAUUUUGUAGUUCUUAAUUAUUGGGUUGAAAGAUAAGUUUUUUUUUUCUUUUUAAUUUGAAAUUCGACAUGUGGAAAUUUGUAUCAAUGUUUUCUAAUGCAUCAGAAUAAUAUAUGCUUGGGAUUGAAUAGAUUGAUUA